CCCACUGAGGUUUGAACGGCUGUUAUAUUUCAACUCCUGUAGACUGAUCCAAGGACGGGCAGUAUGGAUCAUUGUGCAGCACAGGAAAUAGAUAAAAUCCACCCAAAUCGCCAGUCGAGCAUCACGGAUGAUGAAGAAGAACAAGAUGCUGCGUUUACCAUUGUCAGAGUCCUGGACAAGGUAGCCACCAUAGUAGACAGCGUGCAGGCCAGUCAAAAACGGAUUGAGCAGCGCCACAGAGAAAUGGAAGAUGCCAUCAAAACCAUUCAGAUUGACAUUUUAAAGCUGGCUCAGGCCCACGGCAACACAGGAUACACAGUUAACAAGCUGUUGGAGAAAACACGCAAAGUUAGUGCUCGAGUCAAAGAAGUGAGAGCCCGAGUAGAGAAACAGAAUGUUAAUGUGCAGAAGGUGGAGACCAAACAGGAAGAAAUGCUGAGGAAAAACAAGUUUCGUGUUGUCAUUUACCAGGAAGACAUUCAGUGUCCAUCUACUCUGACCGUUGUCAAAGACCGGACACAAGGGGAAAGCACAGAAGAUGCCUUCUGCCCACCUGAUGAUCUCUCUUCUGAUGAGGAGUAUUACAUAGAAGAAAGCCGAACAGCCCGUUUUAAGAAAUUGGGGAUGAGACGGAUUAACAACAUCAAAAAAGCAUUUUCAAGAGAGAAUCUUCAGAAAACAAGGCAAAAUUUUGGCAAGAAUGUGGAUAGGCUUCGUACUCGAAUAGUAACACCCGAGAGAAGGGAACGAAUAAGGCAAUCAGGAGAAAGGCUGAGACAGACUGGGAUACGGUUCAAGAAAAAUAUUGCCAAUGUAGCACCAACUAAGGAGAAUUUGAAAAAGUAUAGGAAAACUAAAGAGCAACCAGGGGUUGAAGAUCAACAAGGAACCCAAGAAUCUGGCACUGAAACAGCAACAGAAAGUAGGGAAGCUGAACCAGCCACGGAAGAAAUUUCCUACACUGAAGUGAUAACCAAAGUGAAGAAGGACAAAGGGGAUGGAUCAAAAAACCUUUCUCAGGCAGAUGAGAAAGUAAUGAUUCCUUCCGAGAAGAACAUGAUCAAACCAGAGACAAAAGAGGAUGCACUUCUAUUGGAUCUAAAGCAGCCAGCUUAAAUGGCAAACAUCUGCUGGUGAAGUGGUGUCACUAUGGCAGGGAAAGAGCAGUUCCUUUCAUGUUGGAGGUGCAAAAUGGUGGCAUUCGUACUGCCUGCAAAUACCUUGAAGUAUUGCAUGUUGCAGAAAGUUUGGGGCCCAGCCAAGGUUUGGUUUCUAUUUGGACAUGCCAAAUUGGUCAGUUGGAUUUAUCUGCCAACCCACCAAACCAAGCAGCAUGUGUUAAGACAUUCUUUGCCUACUUUGCGUUGUUCAAAUGUAUUAUAUUCUAAAACUCUCAUUAUCCCCAUCCUUAUUAUGAAUUUUGGAAGUGGUACUUGAUAGAGUGCCUGGUUGGAGGAAAUUGUUAUAGGACUUUUUUCAACAUUUCUCAAUAUUUUACAGGAAAGUCAGUAAUGACAGACUUGCUAUCGUACAAAGGCUAUCCUACACAGUUUGCCUGAUGAUUGAUAAGCUCUUCUGGACAAUCUGCAAUCCCAAGGGAAAAUUGUAAUCUUUGUGUAAAGAGAUGUGCUUGGAUUAAAUUACAGAAAAGAAUAGAUCGAUAUGUACAUAUAAAUAUAUAUACUCUUUUCUUUUACAUACAAUGGGGGUGUAUCUUUAUCACUUGAUGAUUCUCUGCUAAUAAUAAACAAUUUCCUUUUAACGUGCAAAAUGCCAUUUACCCUAACAGGUACUACAUUUCAGCAAUUAAAAGGUGAUAGAAACACCACCACCACCCCGAUUUAAUGACAUUACUUUUUCAACAAGUUUCUUCUGUUUUUAUUUUUAUGUACAGCGGCAACUACAAAAAGUAAAUCUCAUUAUUUGACUUAUAAGAGAUUUCCGGCUGUUGCACGAAGUAGGUGAAUUGUGGGCAUGAACAAAUCCAUCAACAGGUAACCAUUAACUCUUUUCUCUCUCCCCCCCCCAAUACUUUUAUCCAAACAGGUUUCCCCCUCCCCCCUCCCAGGAACCUCUUUUAUCCAGAUAGGUUUGUUGGAGAAAGUUGAUUAUGGUAAACUGCAGAGAAUUGGACAUUUCUUUGCAAGACAAAAUAUGGAGAGAACUCUAGUUAGUUCAGGGAAUUCACCUUUGCCCCACCUGGAAAAGAUCAUUAGGAUCUUGCUCAUAGUGAGCAGCCUGUAGACUGGCCAUUCCAUGAAUGAAAGGGCUCCUUUCAUUUAGGAAGACAGUAGGAUUCAGCAUAAAUGUCUCUCUGGAGGGAGAACAGGGAGGAGUCAGCAAUAGCACUUAAACUUUUAUAGUGCUU